UGAGGGAUCAUUAGAAAAACUCCCUUUAUUAUUCUGUUCGGCAAAAUUUUGGGGCCUAACCCGGGGAACGGUGUUCGUUCGUGUCACCCGCAUCCAGAGACGAGUGAGGGGACUGAGCUUUAUUCGAUCUAAACCGACUGUAUUUCAAGCUCAACAAUGGAGCGCCAGAAUUCGGCAAUGCUUUCAAGAGAUCAGUUGCUUUUCCUUUUCGAUCGUUUCGCAUUCCUCACCUCGCAACCUGAGGUGAAGAAACGGAUUGCUGAUGCCGUCAACGAUAAGCACGAAGCUGUUGCUGUAACUACUGCAAUCCAAGAAGAGAUAUUUCUGGAGAUGGGAAUUGAUGCACAGUUUGGCCUUGCUUGCCUGGGAAAAGUUAACCUUGCUUAUGAACACGACCAGGAUUUGAUGAUUCAAUUUUAUGGUUUUGUAGCAAAAGAGGAGUUAGCUUGUGAGGAGGCAGAGCUCGGGCCUGAAAAAUUUGCUGAAAGAAUGGAAAUGCAACAUAAUUUACACGAGCAGCAACUGGAGAUGCUGAAACACAUGCGUAAUUUCAACUUGGAUGAUCAGUCUGCAAUCCUUGAGAAGAUACAGCAACAGAUUGAGAAGGCAAACUUUGAACCUGAGGCAUCCCUUUUGUCAGUUGAGCAGAUCCAGGACAUUGUUAGAAGAAGAGUUUCGCCUGUAUUUCAGCCCCGAUGACAAUAGCGUCAUGGUUGAUGGAUUCUACUUGAAAAACCUUCUUCCUUCAUUAUUUGUAAGCCGGUUGUUGCUGCUUGGCAUACAUACAAUAUGUAAGCAUGGAUUAAUGGGAUGAAUCAUGUUUGUCGGCAAUUAUGAAAAAUGCUCAAAAUGGUGAGUGUGAAUUGUCCUUAAUACUUUCUAACAAUCGUUCUCAUGAUUUAUUUGUUUUA